AGAAGACUAGUCUGUACCCAAAUGUAAUUAUGAGAGGAACAAAAUUAAUAUUGAUGGAGGUAGGAAAUGUAAAAUUUCUGGAUUCUCUCAAUUAUUUUCCUAUGCCUCUAACUGCUCUACCCAAGGCGUUUGAUUUGAAAGAGCUAAAGAAAGGAUACUUUCCACAUCUAUUCAACACUUUGGCUCAUCAGAAUUAUCUAGGGCCAAUUCCAGCGCUCGACUUCUACGAUCCCGACCAUUUAAAAGAAGACACUCGAGAAAAAUUAUUAAAAUGGCAUGGCAAAAGACAAGCGGAGGGAUACGUUUUUGAUUUUCAGAAAGAAAUCGUUGAAUACUGUAUCUCCGAUGUGGAAAUAUUGACACAGGCGUGUCUCAAAUUUCGAGACCUGAUGAAAACCGAAACCACAGUCGAUCCCUUCCAGGAAAGCACCACUAUUGCAUCAUGCUGUAACAAAGUCUUUAGACGCAAUUUUUUAAAACCUGAGACGAUCGGGAUUCUACCGAACCAGAACUUAUAUCACCCCGUUUUACCGUCAAAAAUGAACAACAAAUUGAUGUUUGUUAACUGUCAAAAAUGUGGUGAAGAUUUCGUUCGAGAAGAGUGUCAGCAUUCUAUUCAAGAAAGAAGCCUAAAAGGAACUUGGGUGAUAGAAGAGGUGCUCAAAGCUAUUGAAAAAGGUUACCAAAUUAUAGAGACUUACGAAAUAUGGGAAUACGAUACAAUUCAGCUCAGUAAAGACCAAGAGGGGUUAUUUAGCGGAAUGAUGAACAAGUUUCUACAAAUAAAACAACAAGCUUCAGGAUGGCCCAAACAUUGCUUAACGGAUGAAGAAAAAAACCGUUAUAUUGAUGCAUUUUUGGAUACAGAGGACAUAAAGCUGGAAUUUUCAAAAAUUAUAGAGAACCCCUGUUUGAGAUCGUUAGCUAAACUUAUGCUGAAUUCUUUUUGGGGUAAAUUUGCUCAAAAAGAAAACCAAAACAAAACCUCGAUAGUCAGAGACUGUGGUGAAUUCUUUGAUAUGCUGACUAAUCCUUCUAUUCAUGUAAAUACAGUUCUCCCGGUAAACGAAGAAACCCUUCUCGUAACUUGGGAAUUUAGAGAAGAGGUGUAUGACGUUUCUUCAACGGUUAACGUUGUAUUGGCUUCAUACGUCACGGCCCUAGCUAGACUAAAAUUAUAUUCAUUCUUGGAGAAAGUGGAAGAAAGGGCAGUUUACGUAGAUACAGAUUCAUGUAUUUAUAUCUCUCGUAAGGGAUUAGACGACAUAUCUACAGGCGACUUCAUAGGUGAUAUGACCGAUGAGCUCAAUGGGGGUUUCAUAUCAGAGUUUGUUUCUGGAGGACCUAAGAACUACGCCUACAAAUAUACUACUUUGUCUGGAGAGGAACAGAUCGUAUGUAAACAUUUGGCUAGUCAAAUCACUACUAUACUGUGA